UCUAUCGUCCAGAUCUCACGGUCCAACAUUUAUUGCUUUGGUGACCCAAACUUCGCAGCACUGGUCUUCUGUGAUGUUGAAUGGACUAUUGAUGAGGGUGAGAGCUGGGCUGUGAUAGGGACUGGCUCGAAGCAAAAGAUAGCCCUUUUGCAGACACUCCUAGGUCAUCUACGCAUAACUCCUCCUCCGUCCUUACCCGGAGGACUAUUUCCUUUCUUCUCAGACCCUCCACAUGGCCCACACAACUGUGUGGCCUUUGUGUCAUUCGUGCAUCGGCCGCGCGCAGCAGGUGGUGCCUUCUAU